CUCACUUCUCACUUUGCAGCAAUUAACUUUUUUCUCUCUCUUUUGGCGUCACACAACAACCAUGGCUGAACCAAAAGAGGACACAGAAUGCGAAUUCACGUGGGGGAGAAAGCGAGGCAUGGGUGGGAAGAAGAGAGACAUUCAGUUCUACUCUUCGUUCACCUUCGACGGCGAGGAGUACGCGCUCAACGACGUCGUUUUUCUACAAAAUGGGAGUGGUGGCGAGCCCCACAUCGGAAAGCUCAUAAAGAUCUGGGAGAACCGCGACAAGUCAAGGAAGGUGAAGGUGCAGUGGUUCUUCCGUUCCAGUGAGAUUCAGAAGUACUUGGAAGGGAUUGUGACCAAGGAGAACGAGAUUUUCUUGGCGUGUGGCGAUGGCAAGGGCUUUGCCAAUGUUAAUCCUCUUGAAGCUAUUGUUGGGAAAUGCAAUGUUGUUUGCAUUUCUAAGGACAUUGAGAAACCACAAUCGUCAGAUGAAGCACCAGCUGAUUUUGUGUUCCAUCGUUCCUUUGAUGUUGCGAAAUUGAAAGUUGUGGAUCAGAUAGAUGACAAGACUUCUGAAACUGAAGUUAAAAAUGAUUGAAAAAAUGUCCAAAGCUUGUUGGUGCUGUGAAACUCGAUUUAGACAAGAAUGAAGUUAGGGGGAAUAGUAAGGCAUAUAUAGAAGUACAUAUUUCAAAUAAUAAAAGUAGUUAGCCAGUAAUUGUGAAAUGGUAGGUGACAAAUUUGUUGUAUACAAAAAUACAAAAUGCUUCCAAAGUUUAGUGUGUUUUUGAUAGAUAGAGAGGGGGAAGCAAAAUCUACAGGGUAUAAUAAUUUAUUGGUCGAGGACAAGCCUUCUAAGAAGGAAAAGGUGGGGUGGUUAAAUAAAUUUUGCAGAGCAGGGGAAAGCUCCUUUAUGGAAUAAAGGAUUUACACAUUGCAUCUUCCUUGUAAUUGAAGCUUUACAAGAAGCCAAUGUCUUUUAGCUGCAUAAAGAAUCUUUUACAGUUUCUGCUGUUGCUGCAGUUCAAUUACUACUGCUAUUGCAGCUAUAAUUAUGUAACUACUAUUGCUGCUACUUAGUUGCUGCUACUGUAAUUAAGUUGCUACUCCUUCUGCUCCUGUAAUUAAGUUCAUUUACUUAUAUAUAGAAAUUUAUUUACUUAAAUUCA